AUGGUUCCGAAUAGAUUCCAUAUUAGAUCAGGGGUAGUGGCUCUCAUAUUCUCUGCUGCUGCCACAUUGUUUUUGUUUUUUAUCAUCUUAUCAGGCUCCUCCAAGAACCCAUCAACUCCCUUGAACCGCUUCUAUUGGGUGGAAGCUGAUACUUCAAGCAUUUCUGGGGCCCCAGCAAGAACCAGAUGGACCUAUUGGGGAGUUUGUGAGCAAAUCAAUUCACACACAAAAAAUUGCACUGGGUUAGGGCCAGCGGUUCCAAUUUCUCCUGUCAACAACUUUCAAACCGAGGACGGGGUUCCUAGCUAUUUUAUUAACAACAAGAACUCGCUCUACUACUUAUCCAGAGUUGGUUGGGGGCUUUUGUUCGUCACUUUGGCGUUCUCGGUGAUUUGUGUUAUUUUGGCUAGCGUCACCAUUUGCUCGCAUCAUGCUCAAGCUCUCACCUCAUUUUUCUCUCUAGGGGCAACUAUCUUUAACUUUGGUGCUGCCGCCCUCCUUACCGCGGCAAUUGCUAUGACAAAAAAACAUUUUUCGAAUUCAAGCAUUGGCUCAAUUUUGAUGGGCUUUUUGUGGACCUCAGCCGUGUGCAAUCUUAUUACCUUAGUGGCAACGUUUGGCUCAUUUGUCAGAGAGUACUAUAGAAGGUCUAAGGCCGGUCUUGGAACUGAUGAGAGCAUGUUUACCAACGAACCUAAGAAGUCAGUUUCAACAAACGUUCCUUUGCCAGACCAGCUGGGCGUAGGAGCAGGCGUUGGACCUUCUACUAGCCAGCCUGUAGCGUACGAGAAUCCUUAUGGUACCAACGAAGCUCCUGCUGAGCAACCAGCAGCCAAAAGUCGGGCAAUAAAAUUCUUCAGUAUCAAGAAAAAUAAGAAGCUUGAGGAAGAGAUUUAG